GGACCUGCGGGCUGGUAAGGAGAUCGAGGAGGUGCGAGAAGUUUGUGAGCGGGAAUUGUGGGCUGUGGCGGUAUCAAGGGAUGGUCGAUGGGUUGUGACAGGUGGUGGAGUUUUCGACGCAGGUGCACGUGGAGUUUUCAACGAGUGCCUGGGGGAGCUCAAAGUCUGUGAUGAUGAGACGGGGAUUGUGAGAAGAUUUGAAGGUCAUUCAACGCAAAUCACCUGCAUUGAUAUAUCUGCGAACAGCACGUUGAUGGCGAGCGGGUCGUACGGUGGCACAGCGCGGAUUUGGAACUUGGACACUGGAAAACUGGUAGCUGGCCCGUUCCAAAGUGAUGACACCACCGGUGUGGGUGCGGUUCGAUUCUCUCAAGACUCGAAGAAGCUCGCAGUCAAGUCAAAUAUAGCAAAGUGGCUUGAGGUGUGGGAUGUCGAAACACAGAAAUUGGAUGUCAGCCUCAGAGUUGGGAAAGAUGCCGCUGUUGACUGGUUAGUGUCUUAUGCGCCGGUGUUCUGGACAGCCAAAGACAAAACAGUCGUAGCCGUAUUGGACUUCAAUGGUGACAAUGAUAGCUCCCCAUGUCAUAAGACGGUCUGUGAGUUCGACGCGUUAACGCUGAAGACUGUAGGAGCCCCAUUUGAAGGGCACACCGGUAACAUCUAUGGUCUAGCACUUUCAUUCGACUGUGCUCUUCUUGCUAGCGCUUGCAGCUCUACCGUCAAGCUCUGGGCCUUCGAGUCCCGCCAGCUCCUCGCCUCAUUCGAUGUUCAGUUUGCCUACUCCCUACUCCUCUCACCCAACUCACUUCAGCUGGCUUACUCGACUGGCUUGGACACCAACAUCUACAUAUGCGACAUUCCACCCAAGAUCAUUGCCACUAUCUGGCCAAACACCAGUGAACCUAAAAAUCUCAAUAUCCUCAAUUCUAACGCAACACGUCGUGCUGUGCCUCGUAAACCAGUGAUAUCGCCUGUUACAGCUCCUUGGCCGCAAAGACCCCCUACCACACAGCGACGUGAUUUCUUCCACUACCUCCGCAUAGUCCUUCCUUCUCGCACGAACGCACGUGGGAAUGAUCAGCACCGUGAUCCCCUGGAUUUCCCUGCUACAUCUCCAUUGCCUCACAAAUACUCACACUCGGCGCAGGAAGCAACUAAAACUCACUCGCGUAUGAAUCCCUACGAGAACUCUCAACCACCCAUCACCCAAUCAUCUACAACCUUCAAAGCCCGCCUACGCGACCUACGGACGGGUCAUGCAUUGUCGCCUAUUGUCGGUACUCCUCUCGCGCAGGGUAAAGAGCGCAAUGCUGCAGCAGAUGCUCCUCCAAAAAAUAAUAAGGACUGGAUACCUUAUGAAGACCAUGUUCCUUCACGCCCUCCUUCACCAAACCCCGAUUCACAACCACGACACCACCACCCACAGUGCAAAUCAACACCGGAGAGCAUGGGAGUGGCCGGUCAUGCGGCUGCUUCUAAAUUGGUCUCGCAGGCAUCUUCCAACACAGAUAUCCGACUAUCCACAACCCUCCUCUCCGACGGCCCAAUCGAGAUCGACAACAGGCAUCCACUCGUUGCCGCCCGGAACGAGGACCGCUCAUGCUUAACGCAGACAUUCAUACACAUAUGUACACUCCAAGUCAUGGCUCACUCACUGUUGCAGGGUGCUGGCUUGCUAUUAUCCAAUUAA